AUGGCCGGAGUAUCCGUCCCGUUGACUCCACGAGAGGCCGCAUCAGGCCUGCUCGGCUCCAUCUCCCUAACUUGCUGGAUUUUUCUUCUAGUCCCCCAACUAAUCGAAAACUACCGUAACGGCAACGCAGAAGCCAUCUCGCUCCUUUUCCUCUUCGUCUGGUUCGUCGGCGACAUCACAAACCUCGCCGGCAGCGCCUGGGCGGGCCUUGUCCCCGUCAUCGUCGCAAUCGCCGUCUACUUCUGUCUCGCCGAUGGCGUCCUAAUCGGCCAGUGCCUCUACUACCGCGCCCGGAACUCUCGCGCCGCCGCAGCGCAUGUCCGGGAGUCGUCGUCCGCUACAUCUGAGCCAACGACGCCGCUGCUUGGUCGGAGAUUAAGCGAUGCGCUGCUUGGUGGGGAUGCUGAGCACCGACCCAGGGGCUCACGCCCGUCUUAUAGUGCUGUGAAUGGCUCGGACCAGGGGCCGGACGAUACGAUUGCGAAGCUGGUUGAAGAGAAUAAGGUUGGGCAGAGCGUGUUGCUCAAGAAUUUUAGCAGUGUCCUGGCGAUCUGUGUCAUUGGUAUGGCGGGAUGGACGAUGGCGUGGCAGACUGGAGUCUGGAAGCCUGCGCCGUUGGAGGGUGAGAAUGGAGGCGUUGAUAUGGCGCCCGGGGCGCAGGUGCUGGGGUAUAUAAGUGCUAUUUGCUAUCUGGGGGCCCGGCUCCCACAGAUCUAUAAGAACUACUGUGACAAGUCUUGCGAAGGACUAUCGCUCUUGUUCUUCAUCCUCUCUCUCAUGGGUAACUUGACUUAUGGUGCUGGGAUCCUUUGCCAUUCCACCGAGAAGAAUUACUUUCUGACAAACCUACCCUGGUUGAUCGGCUCUUUGGGCACAAUGGUCGAGGAUGCUAUUAUCUUCGGGCAGUUCCGUCUCUAUGCGGUUCGGGGCACUGUCGCCGAGGUUGUUUGA